CCGCGCACAAAACGAGACAGUGAGAGAUUCACACUCACAGAUGAGUUUAAUGUGCUACCACUGUAUAUACCACACACACUCACACACAGUAGUGAAUAGUGAGAAGAGCAAUAGCACGCGAGUUGGAAGAAACAAUCAGUCGAUUGCUGCUCCCAAAUAUUUCUAGGGUUUUAGAAAUUAUAAAAGAUGAACGGGGAGGAGGAAAGCUACAGUAGCAACAGGAGCAAAGAAAGAGCAGAUCUGGUUAUAAUAUUCGUAGUGGCAUCACUAUCGCUCACUGCUUUGUUGGUAGCCUUGAGUUACUACUGCUACAUUUCCAACAAACUCUCCAAGCGCCGCUCUCUUAAUCACCACCAAACUCCCAAAGCGGCUGACUCUGAGGAUAAUGCCAAAGCUUAUGCUAAUGUUCAAGUGACUACUGAGAAGGGACUUCAGCUGUUCACUUUCAAGCAGCUGCAUUCUGCCACUGGCGGUUUUACUAAAUCCAACUUGAUUGGACAUGGGGGAUUUGGGUUAGUCUAUCGCGGAGUGCUGCAAAAUGGGAGAAAGAUUGCAGUCAAAGUGAUGGAUCGAGCUGGAAAGCAGGGUGAAGAGGAAUUCCAAGUAGAGGUUGAACUGUUGAGUCGUUUACGUUGUCCGUAUCUGCUGACUUUGGUUGGUUACUGUUCUGAAAGUAGCCAUAAAUUGCUGGUGUACGAAUUCAUGGCAAAUGGUGGUCUGCAGGAGCACUUGUAUCGAAUUGGUGGUUCUAGUGCUGUUUCUUCAUUGAAGUGGGAAAUCCGGCUGAGAAUAGCUUUAGAAGCAGCCAAAGGUUUGGAAUAUCUCCAUGAGCAUAUUACUCCCCCAGUCAUUCACAGGGAUUUUAAGAGCAGCAACAUCCUUCUGGACAGGAAUUUUCAUGCUAAAGUCUCUGAUUUUGGAUUGGCCAAGCUUGGGUCUGACAAAGCUGGGGGACAUGUUUCUACCAGAGUGUUAGGUACCCAGGGAUAUGUUGCCCCAGAGUAUGCAUUAACUGGCCAUCUGACAACUAAAUCAGAUGUUUAUAGCUAUGGUGUUGUCCUCUUGGAGUUGCUUACUGGAAGAGUUCCAGUUGAUAUGAAGAGAGCACCUGGCGAAUGCGUUCUUGUAGCUUGGGCGUUGCCGCUGCUCACUGAUAGAGAGAAGGUCGAAACAAUAAUGGAUCCAAAACUGGAAGGUCAGUACUCUAUGAAGGAAGUUGUUCAGGUAGCUGCCAUAGCUGCAAUGUGCGUACAACCAGAAGCAGAUUACCGGCCACUAAUGGCAGAUGUUGUACAAUCUCUGGUUCCUCUUGUGAAGCAGCACAGGCUUAAGGCAGGCAACUGCUCUAGCUUUAACACUACUCAAUCUCCCAAGACAUCAGACUUUAGCAAAUCUAGUGCAUGAAAGCAAAUUAAAAUUGGAAUUACAUCACUGGAUUCAUUCAUCGGCACAGAAUGAACGGCCUGCUGCAUAUGUAACCUGUCGUUGGAGUGAAGGGCCGAAUCCCAUACGCCCAGACAGCUCGGCUCUACCGUCACAUCCUUCUUAGUUUAUUUGCAAGGUGCUCUUUCUUUCUAGUUUCAUUAUAAAUUAGAGAGAGGAGUUGGUUAUAAUAUAUUUUUAUCGUUUAAUUUUUAUUUUUUAAUUCUAGCAUGUAUAUCAAUCAAUUCUAACCUGUUUAAACUGGUUAAGGUAUCUCUGUCUUGUUCCUUUGACAUUGUAUCAGUAAUUUAACAUGAAGCAACUUGCUUCUACAACCA